ACAACGCUCACGUCCGGAAGUCGCCGUCGCCGCCGCCAUUGUAAUCGCUAGACGAGUUGGGAGCGUCCCCAUGUGUUGUUUUGGUUCGCUUUUCAAGUUGUCGUAGAGGCGAACAGAUGUCGGACCCUCUGCCGGUGUGGUUCGCGGUGCAGGCGGAGCUCCUGGGCCACGACGAGGAGUUGGACUCGCAGUCGUCCCGGAGCUGUUUCGACUGUUACGACGACGCCACUUUGUUCGAGUUGUUCCACCUCACGCGCGCUUGCGUCGAGUUCGUCGCCGACAUCGUUCGCGUCCGCAUGAAGAAAUUCCUGCUCACCUCUCUCUCCCUGGACGCCAUGAUCAUGGUGACGCUCAACUUCUACGCGCGCGGCUCCCACUCGGCCGCCCUGAUGAAGCGCUUCAACCUGAAGACGGACUGCGAGGACAUCGUGUUCACCGUGUCCGAGGUGGUGGCCGGCAUGUCGGACCAGUUCAUCUCGUUCCCGCAGACGCGCAAGGCCAAGAUCGACAUGGCCCACAUGGUGGAGGACUUCUGCGGCAUCCCGGACGUGCUGGGCCUGCUGGCUCCGGCUCACUUCAAGAUCAGCCAAGGGGAGUUCGAGUUGUGCGUCAACUCGCUGGGCUACGCGUCCGUGGUCAGCCAGAUGAUUUGCGACCUGGACGGGAACAUCCUGAGCGUGGAGCAGUGCUGCGCGGGCGCCACAUGCGAGCAGGACCUGUGGGCCACGUCGUUCAGAGGGCGAGAGAUUGAAGAACAACUCUACGGACAAUACUGGGUGAUAGGAGGGGAAGGCUACGACUUAAGCAAACGUGUCCUGACCCCCGUGUCCGAACCCAAAGACGAAGCGCAGAGGAACUUCAACGCGGCCCACGCAAAGAUCCACGAGGUGACGCGGCACACGCUGCGCUCCCUGAAAUGGCGUUUCAGAUGCUUGACUCAUCUCGGCUUCGCGCAGCACAAGCUGACCAACGUCAUAAAGGCCUGCUGCGUCUUGCACAACAUAGCCAAGAAGUUCUCGGUCUCCCUGCCAUACGGGGAGGAGAUGUUUGUCGACACCCAGCCGAGCAACCCGCGCACGGGCUCGGCGGAGAUCUGCCCGAACGCCCUCAAAGCCAGACAGGAACUCAUCGAUUAUCACUUCACCGUUAUUCCUAUUCAAGAGGAACCAGAAUGAAAGUGACAAUGUUUGUUUUUUUUCCCCACACAGGAAGUAGGACGUUUCUUCGUUCAUGUGACACCAAAAGGAUUUCCGGCAUAGCCGUACACUCACCGGACAAUUCAUUAGGUAUAUCAAAAUCCAAUUUUUUUGAAAAUACAUCUCAUUAUCAUAAAGAUGAAAUUAUUGCAUUGGAACUCAGGUUGAUGCAAGCCAGAUCAACCAAGCGCUUUGGUAUAUCAUUAUGAUCUAUCCUAAAAUACAUUUCAUCUUUUUUUGUUUUGUUUGUUUCCCAAAGUUUCUAUUAUUGUCAAUAGAAUAUUUUUUUAAACAAGUCUUUGGUCGUCUGGAGUGUUAUUCCUAAACAAACAUAGAAACAAUUACAUCAAAGAAAAUCUAGUCAAUUGCACAGUGGAUAUACACAUUAUAUCCUUUUAUAUUAUUUAAAAACAAAUCAUGAGUUAAACUAGUUUUCUUACAGGAUAAGGGAAAACAUUUAUUUUUUUUAGUUUUGUUAACACUACAACUCCCACUGAUAAAAUUCAGCAAUGUGCAUGAGUUAGUUCUGUUUUAAUAAAGAACAAGCUAGCUAGCUAGAACAAGCGAUUCCAACUCCUCGUCUGUGCCCUUAUGAUUCAGAUUGCCGUUUUGUUACACUGUCGUAGUGCUGUUGCAUUAGCAUAAAUUAUCUCCGCAUUCUGGUAUAUGCUUUCGUCAAUCUCCUCUUGAGACUGCAGACAGUCCAUGAUACACUGGUGCAGAAAAACGUACUGGGACUGGAAAGAGACCAGAGUUAGGCGUUGGUUUGAAAAGCAGAUGUCACAUACGCCAGUGGACCCCAAAGUUUUUUUGUGAAACGGACCGCUUUCACGUAAAGGUUGGGGAACCACUGACAUAAGCUCCAGUCGAGGACAGUUAACUGGCGUUACCUCAGUCUGCACCAUGUGGGGCCGCCGCAGUCUCAUGUCGUGCACGAAGGCGUUGAUGUCAACUUUGCUGUCCAGCAGCUGCUGAAGCAGAACAUCUAAGGCUAUAAUGGUGCCCGUCCUGCCCACUCCCGCACUAAAAGACAAAAUAUGAUCAGGUGUGUCAUCAGUUCAACAUUUCCUAUUAUCUUUAUUACAUGAUGUUCCGUUUUUUUUGUUUUUUUUUUAUGGAUGCUCAGCCAUGUGUGGGGAUGUGAAAUUUAACUGUGGCCACAAUAAAAUGUACUGUACAUCGAGGGUCACCAACAAUGGUGCCGACGGGCACUAGGAAGCCCCCAACUCAAUUUAUAAAGUGCUUUAUUAACAGCCGAGGACCACAUGAGUAGUAUUGCUUUACAGUGAUUGUAAUCUUGAGUUAGUUACCAAUAUAAUUUAUCUUUGGUCAGCUAUCAAUGCCAGCUACGUUUAAAUGACAGGCAGAACAAUUACAUGCUCUUCCACUAGAUGGCACAAGGUACAAUUAACCUGUGUAUCCUCCUGUUGCCAUUAAUACAACAGAAUAGCUUUGUGUUCAAUUCAACGGGCCCAGAUUUCACACUAAGGAAAUUUGUGAGCACACUGAGAUAAGAUCAUCUUUAUUUCUGUAUGUAUAUUUUUAAUAUAUUUGUGGUGUGCUGUGGGAUUUGCCUUGGCUCAAUAAAUGUUGGAAAAUGUC